AUGACUGCCCUGGUGGUGUUUGCUUUCCUGGCGUACGCACUCACUCAGGUAGUGGUGAAGCUGAGCGCCAACAAGCACAGAACACAGAGCAUCUAUUACGGGUCCGGUCUUGUACACGGUGGCACACUUCUCAACGUUAUGGACCGGGGCGUGGUGCAGUAUCUAAACCUUCGUUACGCCAAGGUACCUGAACGCUUCAGGCGCUCUGUGCCGUACGUGGCCAAGUCGACCGGCGUUGAGAUGCAGGGACAUCCACAGCCGUGCGUACGUGGUGCGUACGGCGCGUUCCCGUCGCAUCCUUUUUCCCUGUCGGAGCAGUUUGAGGACUGCCUCUUCCUCAACGUGUGGACUCCGCUCAGGGGAAGAGGCGACGACGACAUCGCAGCGAGGCCAGUCGUCGUCGUCCUCGUGGGCGGCAAUUUUGUGUCCGGAGGAAGCGGCGACUACGAGCUAUUCGAUGGGUCGGUCAUGGCCUCGCUAUGGAACCAGGUGAUUGUUAUCCCGAACUACCGCGUUGGUAUGCUGGGUUUCUACACGACAGGCGGCGAUAACACCACCCGAGACGCCGGCUUGGCCGACCAGGUCCUGGCACUCGAGUGGGUGCGCACGCACAUAUCGGACUACGGCGGUGAUCCGAAGAAGGUGACUCUCUUCGGCCACGAAGCAGGCGCUACCGCCGUAGGACUGCAUCUCUCCUCCUCGACGAGCUCGGCGCUCUUUGACCGAGCAAUACUGCUGAGUGGAUCGCCACUGCGUUCAAUGCCCAAGCACGGGGAGAGCAUAAUACGAGAAAUUUCUCACGACCUCCUGUGCAGCGACUGA